AUGGCUUCUUCUGGGAGGUCCAUCCUCGUAACUUUUCUUCUGGUUCUCACAUUCUCAAGCGUGAUGACGAGUUCCAGCGUAGAAGCUCGUCGUCUUCUUCAAACAACACAGCCUUCGAUGCCAAACAUGCCUGGAAUUCCAAGUAACUUACCUAAACCUACAGGAUUGCCACCUUUGCCUUCAAUCCCAAGCAAUAUUCCUCCUUUGCCUACAAAUCUCCCAAAUAUGCCAAAACCCAAUGCACUUCCUCCUCUUCCUUCUAUGCCUCAGAUUCCAACAGUCCCACAGGCCACACUUCUCCACUGCCUAAUAUUCCUUCCAUUCCCAAAAUCCCAACCACUAUGCCCUCCAUCCCAUUCUUUUCUCCUCUCCUUCUAA